AAUUUGUCGAAACCAAAGAAAUCUACUACAAUGGCCGACGGAGUGGGUAUUGACCGCAAGGCGGAUGAGAAGAUACAAUUUUCGACCUCGAAAGAGGUCACGGUCCACCCGACUUUCGAAUCCAUGUCGCUGAAAGAGAGCCUCCUUCGUGGUAUCUACGCGUAUGGAUACGAGUCGCCGUCUGCGGUCCAGUCCCGGGCCAUCGUCCAGAUUUGCAAGGGUCGUGAUACCAUCGCACAGGCGCAGUCGGGAACGGGUAAAACGGCCACGUUCGCCAUCAGCAUGCUCCAAGUCAUCGACACUGCCGUGCGCGAGACCCAGGCUCUAGUGCUCUCCCCAACUCGAGAACUUGCGACACAGAUUCAGAGUGUUGUCAUGGCCCUAGGCGACUACAUGAACGUUCAGUGCCACGCCUGCAUUGGAGGCACCAAUGUGGGCGAGGACAUCCGCAAGCUUGACUACGGCCAGCACAUUGUUUCGGGAACACCAGGUCGUGUUGCCGACAUGAUUCGCCGCCGCCACUUGCGCACCCGCCACAUCAAGAUGCUUGUUCUUGACGAAGCCGAUGAGCUCCUCAACCAGGGCUUCCGGGAGCAGAUCUACGAUGUGUACCGGUACCUCCCCCCGGCGACCCAGGUGGUUGUUGUGUCGGCUACACUUCCUUACGAUGUGCUCGACAUGACCACCAAAUUCAUGACCGACCCUGUCCGCAUCCUCGUCAAGCGCGAUGAGUUGACGCUUGAGGGAUUGAAGCAAUACUUUAUCGCCGUCGAGAAGGAGGACUGGAAGUUCGAUACGCUCUGCGACCUCUAUGAUACCCUCACCAUCACCCAAGCCGUCAUUUUCUGCAACACGCGACGCAAGGUCGACUGGCUUACGGACAAGAUGAGGGAGGCCAACUUCACAGUCAGCAGCAUGCACGGCGAUAUGCCACAGAAGGAGCGGGACAGCAUCAUGCAAGAUUUCAGGCAGGGAAAUAGCAGAGUCCUAAUCUCGACUGACGUCUGGGCGCGCGGUAUUGACGUCCAACAAGUCAGUUUGGUCAUCAACUACGACCUGCCGAGCAAUCGUGAAAACUACAUCCACCGUAUCGGUCGUUCAGGGAGAUUUGGACGCAAGGGUGUGGCCAUCAAUUUCGUUACUAGCGAGGAUGUGCGCAUUCUGCGGGAUAUCGAGUUGUACUACUCAACCCAGAUCGACGAGAUGCCCAUGAAUGUUGCCGACCUCAUCUCUUAACGGACGCGAUUUGAGGAUGGUGAUUCUAGAAGGUCAUUCCAGUAAUGAAAUUAUGAAAACGAAGUUACUGGGACUCUGGCUAUGCAUCAGGUUCUGCCGUACAGGCUAAAAUAAGUGGGAGGAAAGGGGGCCCAAUCAUUGAAGGCCGAGUCAAGAUUGUACGACAUACAGCUGAAGCUCGCUCGGAAGUGCUUCAGGGGCAAUAAAGCGGAAUGGGGAAAAGGCGACUGCGGGGUCAGAGCCGCCUUGGGGAAGAUGGAUGCGGAGAUUUUGUUCUGGCUAUGCGGGUUUCUCGAACCAACAACCCACGGAUUGUCCACUCAUCGAACCACCUCCGAGGGGACCCAUCGUUUGAGAUGAUGCGAAAUGAAGCUAUCUCUGUCGAUUAUGAUAAUGUCGGCUUCUCUCCUGCUGUGUUCUGAGAGCGAAUCUUCCGCCUUUCUACGC